UUCGCUGACUGAAGGUGACUCGAGUACACGUCGUGCGCGGGCUGAGCUGAGCUGAGACGUAGAAGAUGGCGUUCUGUGCCCCCCAUACUGCUGCCAGGCUCGCCCACUCCGCCAGGGCAUUAAAAUAUGCACACAGAGGCUAUGCAUCCCAACGCACUAUUAAUGAAGUGGUAAUAGCAAGCGCAGUAAGGACCCCGAUUGGGUCAUUUCAAGGGUCCUUGUCAUCAUUACCUGGAACCAAACUUGGCUCUAUAGCCAUCAAAGCUGCAGUUGAGAGAGCAGGUAUUCCCGCAGAAGAAGUGAAAGAAGUAUAUAUGGGCAACGUGAUCCAAGCAGGACAAGGACAAGCCCCCACACGCCAAGCAACACUUGGAGCAGGCCUGCCAAUUUCAACACCUACUACCACCAUCAACAAAGUAUGUGCUUCAGGAAUGAAAUCCAUUAUGUUGGCAGCACAGAACCUCAUGUGUGGAAAUCAGGAUGUGAUGGUUGCUGGAGGAAUGGAGAGCAUGUCCAACGUGCCUUACUGCAUGAGCAGAGGAGCAACACCCUACGGAGGAGUGAAGCUGGAAGACCUUAUUGUGAAAGAUGGCCUGACUGAUGUGUACAACAAAUUCCAUAUGGGGAACUGUGCCGAGAACACAGCUAAGAAGCUCAGCAUUCCACGAGAAGAACAAGAUCGUUAUGCCAUUAGCUCUUACACCAGAAGUAAAGCCGCCUGGGAUUCUGGGUUACUUGCAAACGAAAUCACCCCUGUUACCAUUUCACAGAAAGGGAAACCAGAUAUUAUCGUGCAAGAAGAUGAAGAAUAUAAACGGGUUGACUUCAGUAAAGUUCCAAAACUCAGGACCGUUUUUCAAAAAGACAACGGGACUGUUACAGCGGCUAACGCCAGCACGUUAAAUGAUGGGGCUGCUGCUUUAGUUCUGAUGACUUCAGAUGCAGCUCAUAAACUGAAUGUUAAGCCGCUAGCAAGAAUUGUAGCUUUUGCAGACUCUGCUGUAGACCCUAUUGAUUUCCCAAUCGCUCCUGCCUACGCUGUUCCCAAGGUUCUGGAAUAUGCAGGUUUGAAGAAAGAAGACAUUGCCAUGUGGGAGAUCAAUGAGGCUUUUAGUGUUGUUGUCCUUGCCAAUAUUAAAAUGCUGGAAAUUGACCCAACUAAAGUCAACAUUAAUGGAGGAGCUGUCUCCCUUGGGCAUCCCAUAGGGAUGUCUGGAGCGAGAAUUGUCGGUCACAUGGCCCAUGCCUUGAAGAAAGGGCAGUUUGGACUUGCUUCGAUUUGCAAUGGUGGAGGUGGAGCCUCUGCGAUCCUGAUUGAGAAGCUGUAGAGUUCAUCGCUAAAGACUUUCUGAAAUCUUCUACAAAUGAGUGCGGUCACAACCUCUACACUUGUCAGUUCAUUACAACUUUUUUUGAGUGGAUAAAGCUGUGUUUGUUUUCAUAACAUGUCUGCUCUACAAGGGUUUAUCUACACUACCAAAACGUCUGCGCUGCAAACCUAUCGCUGCUAUAUUGCAUCUUCUCUGCUGCAAGGGCAUCUCAAGUCAAGAUCUUUUCAAGGGUUUUUAAAAAAAAAAUAAUAA